UGACGAUAGGGCAGCGGGCUGCGCUUACUGAGCAUGUUUUGUAAAUUUUAGCGAAUUGGAAAGCGCUAUAAUUUAGUCUGUUGAUAAAUUAAAAGUAGGUAGUACUAAAGCACUUGUAAGCAACAUUUGCAGUGUUCCUCCUUUUUUUUUUUUAUUCAGAAAAACGAGCCCAAUAGUGAGCGGGUGUCGGCUUGUCUCUAGGCUGUGUCGCCUCGAACGGACCAAUCAGCUUUUAGCGGGCCUGAAAGCGCAGCGCGAGCCCUGACUGUCUGAGCGCUCGAGCGUGCGGGAAAAUUCUGUCACUGAGGCAACACCGAACACCGCAUCCGCAAAAUGCCGAAUAAAACGAAGAAAGAAAAGGAAUCGCCCAAAUCUGUGAAAGCCAGCAACAAAAACAGUAAUGUCAACGCUGGAAAGGAUACUGGGAGUGAAAACUCAGACGAGGCGCAGCAACAGCAAGCCAGCAAGCGUCCUAGCAACAGCACUCCACCUCCAACUCAGCUCAACAAAAUCAAGUACUCAGGUGGUCCGCAGAUUGUCAAGAAAGAGCGUCGGCAGAGCUCUUCUCGCUUUAACCUUAGCAAGAACCGUGAGCUCCAGAAGCUUCCUGCCCUUAAAGAUGCCCCACCCAUCGACAGGGAGGAGCUGUUUGUCCAGAAGCUGCGUCAGUGCUGUGUACUGUUUGACUUCGUGACCGAUCCUCUCAGUGAUCUCAAGUACAAGGAGGUGAAGCGUGCUGGACUGAAUGAGAUGGUGGAGUACAUCACACACAAUCGUGAUGUAGUUACUGAAUGCAUCUACCCCGAGGCUGUCAUUAUGUUUUCAAUGAAUCUAUUUAGGACCCUGCCUCCUUCUUCCAAUCCUACUGGAGCAGAAUUUGAUCCUGAGGAGGAUGAGCCUACACUGGAAGCAGCUUGGCCCCAUCUGCAGCUGGUAUACGAGUUCUUCUUGCGGUUCUUGGAGUCCCCUGAUUUCCAGCCUAACAUUGCCAAAAAAUACAUUGACCAAAAGUUUGUAUUGUCUCUCUUGGAGCUGUUUGACAGUGAAGAUCCUAGAGAACGAGACUUCCUAAAAACAAUUCUACACAGGAUUUAUGGAAAGUUUCUGGGACUUCGAGCGUACAUCCGUCGACAGAUCAACAACAUAUUCUACAGGUUUAUAUAUGAAACGGAGCAUCACAAUGGCAUUGCAGAGCUUUUGGAAAUUCUAGGAAGUAUAAUUAAUGGUUUUGCCCUGCCAUUGAAAGAGGAGCACAAAAUGUUCCUGAUUCGAGUGCUCCUGCCACUGCAUAAGGUCAAGUCGCUCAGUGUCUAUCACCCUCAGCUGGCAUACUGUGUUGUUCAGUUUUUGGAAAAAGACAGUAGCCUUACUGAACCAGUUAUAAUGGGUCUCUUGAAGUUCUGGCCCAAGACCCAUAGUCCUAAAGAGGUGAUGUUCCUGAAUGAGUUGGAGGAAAUUCUGGAUGUCAUUGAGCCCUCAGAGUUUGUAAAAGUUAUGGAGCCUCUGUUUAGACAGCUUGCCAAGUGUGUUUCAAGUCCUCACUUUCAGGUUGCUGAGAGGGCGCUGUAUUACUGGAACAACGAGUAUAUCAUGAGCCUGAUCAGUGACAAUGCUGCCAAAAUUCUCCCUAUUAUGUUCCCUGCUCUUUAUAAGAACUCCAAAAGUCAUUGGAACAAGACAAUCCACGGGCUUAUUUACAAUGCCCUGAAACUCUUCAUGGAGAUGAACCAGAAGCUGUUUGACGAUUGCACUCAGCAAUACAAAGCCGAAAAGCAAAAGGAGAAGUACAAACUUAAGGAACGGGAGGAGAUCUGGCACAAGAUUGAACAGAUUGCUAAACAAAAUCCUCAGAUCACAAAGGUCCACCCGAGUCUCCGACCCGGUCUGCCUCCGGAUGCGUAUAUAAUGUAUAAUGAAAACCAAGGGAUACCACACUAUUCCAUGGAGACAGAGACUCCUACUGCUGAGGACAUCCAGCUGCUGAAAAAGACUGUGGAGACUGAGGCCUCACAGGGAAUGAAGGACAUAAAAAAGGACAAGGUGCUUAUGCGACGGAAGUCAGAGCUGCCGCAGGAUGUGUACACUAUAAAGGCUCUGGAGGCCCACAAGCGGGCGGAAGAGUACCUGACUGCUAACCAGGAAGCCCUCUGACUGAGGAACACCACAACCAGUCACCUGCACCAUGCCUAGACUGUCCCACUUGUAUUUGUCCAGAAAUGUCGCCUGCUGUAUACUCCCCUCCUUUCCUCCUUUUGUCUCUGCCUCUUUCCUUCAUCACUUCCUCUUGGAGAGGCCUUUCUGCAAAAACCUGGCCAGCGUGCAAUAGUGAAGAGCUCCUAUUCCCCCAGCUCUCUCUCUCUCUCUCUCUCUCUCUCUCUCUCUCUCUCUCUCUCUGCAUUUCAGUGACAACUCCAAAUCACAAAAAAAAAACAAUCAUUUUAAACAGUAUUUGGAUUGUAUUACCAUGAUUUAUUUUUUAAAACAAGGUUUUCUCUUUAUUUUUUACUAUUCUUUUUGUCUACAUUUAACUGUCUUCAUCUCCAGCUCUGCUUUUAAACUGUUUUCUUGCUUUUUCCUUCGUUGGCCCCAUACAUCUGUCUUCGCUUAGGCUACAAGACCGUGUUAUCAAAAAAGUUACAAAGCAACCCAUUAGUGACAAGUGCGUCUGCUUGAGCCAGGUUUGGGAAUUAGGGAGUGUAGGUCUUUAUUUCUGGAUCAUGUUGCCUUGCUCUUGUGGGACAGAGAUUUCAUAGGUUUGCGUAUGAAUGUAAAAUUGAUAUAAAAAAAUACCAAUCAGUCUCCAUGGUCUGUGGAGCUGUUUUUCUCCUGCGUAACUUAACUGUUGUUACUACUUGGUGUCCUCAUGCAAUAAGUUUAAAGUAAAAUGCAUAUAAUUGUGUAAAAGUACAUGGAAAAUACCUCAAGACAAGGCAUCAUGCUUCCCUCUUAGAUGUCUUAAGUUUAAGCUUUUGCUAUCAGCUCAGCGACUGAUGUAAAGAAAUUUGCCUGUUUAGUUUUUUUUGGUCCAGAUGCAUGUGCUAUAGUUGCAGUCUGAUGUGUGUAAACUGAAAGCCUUGCUGUGAAGUAGCCAAAUGGCAGAAUCGCUAUGAUUUUAUUUAUGCCUGUAGUCACAUUUGUGCUGACUGUCAACAUAGGAUUGAAUGUUCAGUCUGUUUCUUGCCUUACUGUUGAACUGAGAACACAACACUGUAAGGUGCUGAAUGAAAGUGCUGACCUCUGAAAACACCAGCAGACCAUUCCACAUUUCGUUAUCAUUCUACAAAAAGAAUGCUGUAUCUCAAUAUUAUGUACCUCAGAACCAAUGUGGUCACAUGUUAUCAAUCAUUACACAUGAUUCCAUGAUGUGGUUACAUGUUUGUAAUUUUUUUUUUUUUUUUACUAAUCACCAAAAAAUCCUAACAAUUCCCUUUAAACAA